UUGACAUAUGUCAGUUGUCAAAAGCACAAAUGAGUCACAGCUGAAUUUAGUAAAUAAAUUAACAAUUUAGGAGUAUUUUGUGGUUGUUUAAAAAAACUUUUUACCAAAAUGGAGUGGCUAUUCGGUAAACGCGUAACCCCCGAGGAAAUGCUCCGGAAAAACCAGCGAGCACUCAAUAAAGCAAUGCGCGAUUUGGACCGAGAAAAAAUGAAGAUGGAACAACAGGAGAAAAAAGUCAUAAAUGACAUAAAAAAAUUAGCGAAAGAGGGCCAAAUGGAUGCUGUUAAAAUAAUGGCCCGCGAUUUGGUGCGUACCCGACGCUAUGUUAAGAAGUUUAUGCUAAUGAAAGCCAACAUUCAAGCUGUAUCUCUCAAAAUUCAGACGCUCAGGUCUCAAAAUGCUAUGGCACAAGCCAUGAAAGGGGUCACUAAAGCCAUGCAGAGUAUGAACAGGCAGCUAAACCUGCCACAAAUUCAGAGGAUUUUGCAAGAGUUUGAAAAACAAUCGGAGAUUAUGGAUAUGAAAGAGGAAAUUAUGAAUGAUGCGAUUGAUGACGCGAUGGAAGGCGAUGCGGAUGAGGAGGAGAGUGAUGCUGUUGUCAAUCAAGUCCUUGAUGAAUUAGGCUUGCAACUGAAUGAUCAGUUAUCAGGUUUACCCCAAACUGGGGGCUCACUUCCCGCUACUGGCCAGAAACAACCAGCAGCAGCCGCCGCUACGGCGGGUGGAAAUGGAGGUAUUUCAGAUGCUGAUGCAGACUUGCAAGCAAGGUUAGAUAACUUGAGAAGGGAGUAAAUGUAUUCAAUCCAAGAAUAUUGUGGUUUGAAGCGGCAGCCAAUUUGCCCUGGGUAUCCCACGACUCACUUAAUUAUUUUUUACAAUAUACCUAUAUUUUCGUUGUAUUUGUUCUAAAUAUUGUCCGUAAAUACGGCAAAUAAAAAGCAACUGUUUAUAGUAUAACUUAUAAAAGCUUCUAAAAUUGUUAAAAGUGCUUACCUACAAAUAAAGUUGUAUAUUUUUUAAAUACUUUGGUUAAAGUUAUAAUUAAAGGAAAGUAUGAUUACUUGA